CGCCCGGGUGUCUGUGCAGCCUGGGAGCCGCGCGGGCAGGAGCCGCCGCCAGCACUGCCGGGGACGCGCCUUCCUCCUCCGGUCGCCCCCAUCUCCGGCAUCGCCGCCGCCCCCUCCUCCCCACCUCCUGCCCUGCCGUAUCCCCACUCCUCCCGCCACAGUCAGCUCUAAGAUGCCCCGCUAUGAACUGGCUUUGAUCCUGAAAGCCAUGCAGAGGCCUGAGACUGCAGCUGUGCUGAAGCGCACUGUUGAGGCUCUUAUGGAGAGAGGAGCUGUUGUGAGGAACCUAGAAAACCUGGGAGAAAAGUCUCUGCCUUACAAAAUCUCCAAGCACAGGGAGCGCCACAGAAGAGGAGGGUAUUUUUUGAUAGACUUAGAGGGCCCACCUUCGAUUGUAUCACCCAUGAUGGAUCAUUUAGGACGUGAUAUUGAUGUAAUUAGACGUGCUUUUGUAAAGCAUCCUGUAUCAAAGACAGAAGAAUGCAGUGGCAUAAUCCCAGUCAACCAUGAAGAUAAACUAAUGAGCAAGAAGAAGUGAAUAUUCCAAUUAACGUUUGAAACCUUCUAAAAAUUUUUUUUAUUCCUGCUAUCGAAAACAAUUGUGAUAACUCAUGUCCAUCAAAAAUAAUCAGUUUUCGCCAUGUUAUGUGUGUGGUAUAGUACACUAUCUUAAGUUAUUGUAACAUUUGAGUUUUCUUUUUGUUUAAAAUAAUUUGAAUAGACUUAAUCUGUAUGCUUAUCUUGAUAUUUGACAACUCUGAAAAUUGAUUUUUCUCUUCUCUCAGAGCAUUACAUUGAUAAUGAAGAUUUAUCCAUCAUCAGAAUGGUAAAAAUAGCAUUCUUUUCCAAAGACAGAUUAUUUCAGAAUAUGUGUAUUUACAUAAGAGAUUAAGAGGUCUACAGUGUAAAUGUAGCAGUAUAGGAUGUGAUUUGUUGGAGGGGUUUUUUGCUUGUUUUUGGAAAAAGGUAAUAAAAGUAUGAUUAAAAAUAAAA